AAUUUUUAUUUUAUAUAGUGCAUUUAUAACCUCACAUUUGAAUGACAAGCACGUGUCACAUGGCAAGAUGUGCAUCUGUGAGGUGUAUCGUUAAACUGUGGAAUGAUGCAUUACUGCUCCAGAAAAAUGCGAUUUUAUUGCUGAACGAUAUGAAGUUAUGGAGCUUAUAACGUUAGAGUUAAGACCGCUCUUGCAAUCCUGCAACGUAUUUAUUUCCGUACGGAAAGAUCUCUGCUUAAGAAAUGUUCAAAUUAAGCUCCUGGAAAGUAACAUAGUAUUAACAGCAGAAGAUUGUAGGAUGAACUUUUCACUGCCAUCUGUAAAAGUUCUACCUAAUUCCCUGUCCAUGUUAAGCAUAAUAGACAAUUGGAUCUGCUUCCGUCUACAAACGGCUCCAUCGGAAUCUGCAUUCGGGUCUUUUAGCACAGAAGUGAUAACCAACUUGAACAAAUCAAUUCGGUCAAGCAAUUAUUCGCAGCCUAUUUUAGAUAAUAUCAAAUUAUUAUUUGAAACAUCAAAAUGCGUUAUGCUAUGCGCCUGUUGCAAAAGUGUUAUCUCAAAGUCGAUUAGCUUCAGGAGGUUUCUGCCUUUACCCGACACGGAGUACGAUUUCGACGAGUGGUUUUGUUGUAAACAUAAUUGCAACACGGUCCCAAACAGCGUGCAGCCACAGGAAUCCGAUUAUUUAUACGGUUCUUACUUUGCCGCGUUGCAUAAAAGUAUUUUCGAAAACGAUGUAUGUACAGAUAAUAAAACGUUGACUUGUAAUAAAUGUUUGUUGCACAUAGGAAUGUUUCAUGCAUAUGGUUUAUUCAAGAUAUGGAACUGUUGCGUAGAUUAUAAACCGCAGAAUGACGCGUUGUCUACUGUAGGUGCUACCGAUCCGCUCAGUGAUUUUCUGAUAAUUGUAACAGAUUCGCUGAGCGAGAUCUUAGGAGAGGAAAUUGUUCUGACAACGUCCGUUGGUAAACAGGCUCAUUGUCUUUCGAUAAAGCCAAUGGAUUGCAAGCUAAAUUUAAUUACGGAGCCUGAUCACACAACGGUCUGUGAUACUGACACUAUAUCCUUACAACAGAAAUGCGCUGCCAAAGUUUUAUACAAAUAUGAGACUAAUAACAAUUCAGUUAGUACAAUUUCUAAUUGUUUGAACGUUAGAUAUCACGAGGUAAAUUUGCUUAUAAUAGAAGCUGGAUUAAACUACUUGUUAUCAUCGACAAAACGACUGCCUCAUAUUUAUAGAACUGCUGUUACAGGCUAUUUUCUUGGUUAUAUCGUCUUACGAGAAAUCGCGAACUAAAUCAAUUUAUUGUCCAACAAUGUUAAUUUUUAUUAUAUAUUUUGUACACCUAUUUUUAUACGCAAUAAAAAGAAUUGUCUAACACACAUGUUCCUCAUAAAUGAGCAUAAUCCACUUCCAAAAUGUAAUAAGAUAACCCAUUAAAUAAACAUUUGAACAGUUUAUGAUUUAUUAAUUU